CACUGUCAUGUGGUUGUCUUACAGGCAACAGCCAUCCCCCGUGAUUUGAGCUUAUAACCAAUUAUUGUUAUUAAAGAUGAAUCUGCUGCAGUAUACUUGGAGAAUAAUGAAAAAAAAAAAAAACUGGUGUGUCUGGCCUCUCUCCACCAACCUGUCUGCGCGUGACGCAAGGGUAGUCUACUUAAAGCAGGAUUAGCGCCCUACCAACAUUACACUCAACUGCCCUCCAUUCAAGCACGGCGCGACCUGGCGUCCAGCGCUCGCCAUCGAAAAUAGGAGGGCUUUCUACUAAUCAGCACUCAGACUCGCGCGAGCAAAAGUGCUUGGGUUGUCAAGUGAUCUUUUAGCAGAGGCGCAGAAGGCAGAAGGCAGGAGCGCACGCAGCAGCGGCGCGUUACCAAUGCAUUCUCCAGAUAUUGGAACAUCCGGAGUGUAAAACAAGGGAAACAAUAGAUUCCACAAGAACGGUGCACGGUGUGCUAUCAUCUCCAAAUGAAUGACAAUGGGGGAGUGGACAAUAUUAGAGCGUCUCUUGGAGGCAGCUGUCCAACAGCACUCUACUAUGAUCGGAAGGAUCCUCCUAACAGUGGUGGUGAUUUUCCGGAUUCUAAUCGUUGCGAUCAUUGGAGAGACCGUCUAUGAUGACGAGCAGUCCAUGUUUGUGUGCAACACCCUGCAGCCCGGCUGUAACCAGGCUUGCUACGACAAGGCGUUCCCAAUUUCCCACAUCAGAUAUUGGGUGUUUCAGAUUAUUCUGGUGUGCACCCCCAGUCUCUGUUUCAUCACCUACUCCGUGCACCAGUCUGCCAAGCAGAAGGAGCGCUUGGAGCGGGGGUAUUCCACCGUGUUCCUCUCCUUGGACAAGCGCCAAGAUUCCAUCAAAAGAGACGACAGCAAAAAGAUAAAAAACACCAUUGUAAAUGGAGUACUUCAGAACACGGAAAACUCCACGAAAGAAGCCGAGCCCGACUGCUUGGAGGUGAAGGACAUCCCAAAUUCGGCCAUGAGAACUAGUGGAAAGUCUAAAAUGAGGCGGCAGGAGGGCAUCUCAAGAUUUUACAUCAUCCAGGUGGUUUUCCGAAACGCUCUAGAGAUAGGGUUCCUGGUGGGUCAAUAUUUCCUGUACGGAUUCAAUGUCCCCGCGGUAUAUGAGUGUGAUCGAUACCCCUGCAUCAAAGAUGUAGAAUGCUACGUUUCAAGACCCACGGAGAAGACUGUGUUUCUGGUCUUCAUGUUUGCGGUCAGUGGCGUCUGUGUGCUUCUGAACUUGGCUGAACUCAAUCACCUUGGAUGGAAGAAGAUCAAAGUAGCUGUCAAAGGCGUGCAGGCGAGGAGGAAGUCCAUCUACGAGAUCCGUAACAAAGACAUGCCUAGAAUGAGCAUGCCCAAUUUCGGCCGCACUCAAUCAAGUGACUCUGCCUAUGUGUAGUAUAUUGAGAAGGCCCAAAACAAGCCUCGUGGACACCGGUUGCGUCAAACUGUAUGGGUUCUCGCGGAGGGCCAUUCAUUUCAAAUGGGAGGCAAUCCACACCACUGCGACUCAUCUGCUGGACAAGGUUGUGGUGCGUAGCACUGCGUGCAGUGUGUCGCAUGCGUUGGAUUUUUCCAACUGGUGUAUUGCUUUGCUGUGUGGUAUCAGACACGGAAGUAGAUAAAACCACCGAAGAAGUUGCAAAUAUGUAGCGUAUUUUUUAUUUAUUUUUGCAUGCGGCUUAAGUGCGACAGCUGUGCAUUUCAGCACCACUGAACAGAACAAUUGUACAAAUAAUUAAAAUAUAUUUAACAAGAAUGUGGUGUAUAUUUUAUCACACCAACUUCGCUUGCGAAGUAGGUGGGGUAGAUCGAUUUUAUUUGUCUUUUACUGACAACUAAAAAACAAACGGACCAAACGUUUGUCAUAUAUUUAUGAGAAGGCACUGAUGUAACGUUUAUAGAUGAUGGUUUAGCCUAUAUUUUGUAAAGCGCUUCUUAGAAGUAUAUAAUGUAUGUGUUGACAUUCACUCUGUCGUUCACUUCAGCUGUUGAACAUGGAGUAAAUACUUGCACUAUAUAUGAAUAAUGAGCCAAAAUAUAUCCAAUUUGUGCUGUGAUGGUGUUUUUACGACAUUCCGCCAGAUUUAAACACCACAUACCAUUAUAGCAAUGAAACACACACAUUAUUUGGCAGUUUUUGGGUCAAAUGUACUAAAAUGAUAUACAUUCUUCCAGUAUAUUACUCAUCUCACAUCGUUGUUGUCAGCACUAUCUUUGUUUUGGUUGCCUGAGUUUGCACCAUUGACCUUAACCUAUGUGAUCACUCAAUUGGGGGGGAGGGGGGGGGGGAUGCAAAUACUGACACCUGGGACUUUUAAAUGCAUUUUUUCUUUCUUUUAUUUACACCCAGGCGCCCAUUGCUUUCGUUUGUGGGCAAAUGGAUUUUCUUGAUUUAAUGUCAUCAAGUGCCAUAUAUGUACAUAAAUAUAAACAUUAUAAAUCUAUAGAGUAUUAUCAUCAUCAUAACAGCAGAAUUCUGUAAAUUCCUCUUUUGGAUUAAAUGCUGUCAACGUAUUUGAUUUGAAUAGCUGUGGUUUGUAUGGAAAUGGUAUGCUACUGCUAUAUUAUCAUCCCUGGUUUCAUUUGACAACAUGAAAAAACAAGCAACCUUUGCACAUUCAAAAAGUAUUGAUGAGCAAUUAGUCAUAUAGACUAGAGCACAAAUCUGAAUUGGAAUCAAUCAGAUGAUAGGCAAUAAAUGUUUGCCCCUGGUGCUACCAUUUUCCAAAGCAAUCAUCGAUGUAAGAUCAUACUGAAAGGUGAUCCUAUCCACAAAUAAAAAUGUAAUUCAUGUAUACAA